AUGUCUCUCGCAGCGAAACAAGUAGCCUUUGUCACAGGCGCCAAUGGCGUGACGGGACAAUAUCUCGUUUCUCAACUCGCGCGAGAGCCAAAAUGGUCCCGUAUCAUUGCAACCUCUCGCCACCCCCCUUACAACUUACCGCAGUCGGCCCGUGUGACUUUUCACAAGUAUGAUUUGAACAAAGAUGUGGACACGGUCAUGGAAGCACUUGAAGCAAUGGGUGCGACUCGGGUCACGCACUUCUUCCACAUGGCGUACAUCCAUCACGAUAGUUUCGAAAAGCAGUACGAAUAUAACGUCCCCUUCUUCGAGAACAUCCUUACUGCAGUAGAGACGCUGAAUGGAGACACGUUGCAACGUGUGGUGCUGCAAACGGGCGCCAAACACUAUGGCCAGGCAUACAAGGCACCGCCACGGCAGCCGAUAACGGAGGAUCUGGGCCGUCUAGGUUUGGACGGGCCACCCAAUUUUUACUACCCUCAGGAAGACUUCAUGUUUGAGCUCCAGAAGGGCAAACGCUGGACGUGGAGCGUGACACGUCCUUUUCUGAUCAGUGGUGUUUCUGCUGGAAGCGGUCAGUCCUUUACCUGCACAGCCGCGAUAUACUUCACGAUACAAAAGGCCCUGGACGAGCCUGCGGUAUUUCCUGUACCGACAGACGGCGACAACUGCUACGCGAAAAGACAGGACUUCUCAUCCGCCUCAAAUAUAGCAGCUUUCACCAGUUAUCUCGCAACUCAUGCAGGAGGCGCCAAUCAGGCAUAUAACAUUGUCGACAAUGAUGCAAGUGAGACGACAUUCGCCGAUCUGUGGGAGUACAUGGGAAGCUACUUUGGGGUGUCUGUCACCACCAGGCCAGGAUUCGACCUCGCAAGAGACAUCGAGGACAAGCUCAAGGCAGGCGUUUGGGGACAGAUAGUGGACAGGUACGGUGGUGAUAAAGACGCGUGUGAACGGUUCGCUACGUGGAGGUUUUUUGCAUGGGCCAUGGGCAACGCCCCUUGGGGCUCCCAUGUGAGCAUGGACAAGGCGGGCAGAGAAAUCGGAUGGACUGUCCAAUGGGAUACUCGGCAAGAUAUAAAACGUGUCUUCGACACCAUGAGGAAGGAAGGAAUCAUCCCUACGAUAUGA